AACUGUCGUCUGUUUGACGCGAAACGUGGUUGAGUUCGUUAGCAACGCCGGCAGAAGAGAGAACAUUGAGUGGAACUAGUGUCGUCUGAGUCAUUCGUUCGAAGCACACGAUCUGUAAUUCAAUUUAUUGUUGUUCUGUUAGUUUACUUUUGCCUUGAGUGAAAGGAAAGAACAGCGCAACAUAAGACUCACGAAGACCAAACAACUUGUAUUGAAUUUAUUGUCUUGGUUUGGUGAAGAGAAGAUAAAGAUCGCUUCUAACGAUGGCUAACAUUUGGAUCCAUGUGUCUCUGGUUGCUCUCUGCCUCGCGUUCACAGUCAUGGCACAAACACACUCGAACUCAGCUUGUCUGGACGACAACAAGGACUGCCCUAAGUGGGCGCUCAGCGGCGAGUGCUACCACAACGCUGGCUUCAUGUUCGUCCACUGCCCCCGUACCUGCGGCCAGUGCGGCUACAACGAUCCUAACUGCCACAACGCGAACUUCAUGUGCGCGGGCUGGGCAAAGGCAGGAGAGUGUCGCAGGAACAAACCCUACAUGGCCAAAACGUGCGCCCGAGCAUGUGGCUUCUGUGUCCCCGCUAAAGACCACAGCGUCCCUCACAUUCGCCCCAACGUCGUGACGCGCUUCUGGGACAACUGGAGCGUCGGAACAAAAGCUCAUCCUAAUAACGUUUAAUUCUUCUGCUUCCAUCAAUUAUUCAUCUCGUAAUUAAUAAUAAGUCAUGUCGCUCAAACACAUUCCAAUCGUUAUUUCGUUCAUCACUCAUCGUGUGUCAUGAUCAUCGUCAAUCGUCAUAAUUAUCAAUCUCGUCAUACAUCAUACAUGCUGUAAUGAACCUAACUACCGAAUCGCGAUAUUAUCGAGUGCCUGGCGUUUUACUAAUUCUUGAUGUGAAUAUUGAUUCCCGGUUUUCAAAGCGGUCAAAGCUUAGGCAUGUACCACCGUUAGCCUUUACUUUAUGUGACACCAUCUAUGAAAGUUUUUAAUAAAAAUAUUGGAUAAUAUUGCAGAACUGGCUAUUAUAAAUUUGAUACUGAUUAAAGUUAUUUAGCAUCUUUCGUACGAUGCCAAAUGUUAUGCGAUAUAAAACAAAUCAGCUGAUAAUUACAUACUCAAAUUAAGUUAUUUAAAAUCACUACAAUGAAAGGAUUAAUUUCUUUCCGUAUUGACAUAACCGUGUGUAAGUUUCGUCAGCAACCAAAGUAUAAACAUCACAUAGAAGGCUGAAUUUUCAUCGUUACAUACUUUCAGAAUUCAUGUAACCCUAAAUCGUGUGAAAUUCUAUUCGGCAACAUCAAUCGUCGAGCUAAACGUGUUGCUCUCUUGCGCGUGACAAACGAAUGCGUCUCGAGGAAGCGAGAUCUGAACUCGAACUCGUGACCCAAAGAACCAGCAGCUCCGCGCAUCACGGUAGGCUAAUAUCCACGCGGGUUCCUCGUAAAUUUGUGCGCCUAAAAUUGGAAUACUCAUUAGAAUAAGAUUUGUUACUUUUUCAUAAGGUUCAAAGCUCAAAUUGAUAAGGUCUUUCAAUGUUUCUAAUAAGUUCUUACAAUUCAGUGCCAAAAUACUUGAGUUUGUUGGUAAAUGAUAAUGCAUAUAGAUAACGUUCCGUGCACCAUGAUUAAAAUUAGUUCAAUCAUGGCGCGCACCACUUGCUCACAAUCAUUUAAAAUAUGUACUACCAUAAAUAAGUUUGUCCUCCAUAAUUACGCGAAUAUAAAUUUAGCUUGAAAUUGGAAACUAAUUAUUCAAAGUUCAAACAACAAUCACCUUAACGAACAGUUCGAAAAUUUAUUUAAUCCUGUGCGCUGAUUAAAACCGUCUGCAUGCAAUUAUUUUAUGCCUCAGAUGAAUAUUUUUAUUCAGCGUAGACGUGCCACACAAGAACAGCCAGAAGAUAAAACUUGCACGCCUCUGGUGCGGCAUUGCAAAUUUAAGAGAUCUAUUAUAUUAAUACACUUUUUGUUUAAAAUAUAUCAUGUAUUCUGAUCGUUCAAAGAAAAGGGAAACGAAGCACUAGAGAACGCACUGCUAGAGGCAUAAUUUACUCUCAGUUAACAGCUUUCUGCUACAUUUUUAGUUAGCUGUAUCAUACUUUAGACAUACUAAAGUCUAGUUAGAUCUUGUGUUCCAAGUGUUCGGAAUAUAAGAUAUUACUAGACUUUCUUUCUGUUCGGGCUCCCGAAGAGGCAUUAUCUUCUUAAUGUAAGCGCUGUUCUCAAGUCCACAAUUCAAAAAGCCUGUUGAGACACCGAGAAUAUUUCCGAUUGCUUGUUUGAUAAGAAGUUUAGUGUCAAUCGACUACCUAGGCAAAGUUAGCAUUCAUUUAUUUAUACCGGAAAUAGAGGCUACGUUCCUGCCAAUUCGAUACUUAUAUAUCUGAUAAGUGUUGAAAAAUUGUUAUUUUUACGACCACUCAGCGGUCAUGGACUCUUGAGAUACUGCACAGUAUUGAAUAUGUAGUUCAGAGACGGCGGUACAAGAUUAGAUCCAUGAAUACUAAAACAAUUUGAUUGAUGAAAAUUUUAUUUACUGUCCCGCAAUGAGCAAGAAAUAAAUUAU